AUGGAGGACGAAGGUUUUGACAGGCCAUUCCGAUUUAUAGUUACUGGCCAAUAUCUUGCUAUUCGCUAUAACGGCAGCAGCUUUGAGAUAUGCAGAGAUUACCAUACCCGUGGUGCUCUGUUUUACCUUUCUAAUGACGGAAAACAAAUAAUUCAUAAUCGCACCUAUGUCGCCGAUCUUACCGACUAUCCCGACUACGAAGGAGAUGUAUUUUACAUUAGCAAGGAAUUGCAGUACCUUGCUCCGGAUGGACAGUGGUCAGACAGCAUGCAAGAUGCCAUCAAAGUCCAAAUUGAUCCCGAGGAGACUACGGCGAGGCUGGGCGCCCUAUUCCCCCGUCAAUUCCCGAUCCAAUCAUUGAUGCGGACAAUCCUAUCUCCGCUGACGGAAUUGAUCUCUACCACCCCGAUAAAUGGUUUUCAUUAUAUCGCAUCAAUGGCGGUUGCCUUUGGUUAG